AUGGACCCUUCGGGAAUUUACUUAAAUGACUUAGAGUCGUUUACUGAUGACCUAUCCAAGUAUGAUGCCAAGCUGUAUCUGGGAUUGGACGAGCUUUCUAUCGCCCGCCGGACGGCUGUAAACACACAGAAGGAAGCCGCCACUCUGCACCCUCAUCCGCCGCCUCCUCUAUAUGCUCCCGGGGCUAGAUUGCCUGUAGACUACCAACAAGAUCAUAGUCACCAGUUUUCCCGAGCCUCUGAGCACAAAGAAUCUAACGUAGCUUUCAGGCCUAAAAGGCCAACUUCUGGUGCAGCUCAAUUCUAUCCUCAGUACCCGCUGCCUUAUGCACAGCAUAGUCAACCCAUUUUCUCACAGAGGUCUGCGUCGGCUACCCCUUACCAGGUGCCGCAGAUGCCAUCCACCAUGGCUCCUCGGCCAGCAUCAUCGGGCAUCAUAUACACGAGUGCGGCUAUUCUCAAGAACAGAUUAGCAGACGCUCCUGUCCAGAGGCAAGAUAACCUCUUUAUCCGGUCUACUACCACUUACAGAGAACCUGUUGCCGUUCCCUGCCGCCUUCCUGUUGUUCCUCAGUUAUGCUAUGAUUACUACGAUGUACCAAACUACCAGUAUUAG